GCAGCUGGGGGUCUCAGAGUCCUUUAAGAGCAUAAGCAAUUGACUAGUGAACUUCACAUGCUAACAAGCCACCAUAGGUAAAGGACCUGCCCCCGGUACUCUCUGUUAAUCAGUACAUUUCCAUUGACUUGUAGAAAAAUUGAUUUGAAGCAAAGAUUGUGCCAAGAAGUCCUAGACUGCCUCAAACAUUCACCACGAUUCUGGAUUGCUUUGCCGUGUGCUCUCCACGCCAAAACAUUAGCAUGAUGUCUUAUCUCAAGCAACCACCUUACGCAGUCAAUGGACUGAGCCUAACCACCUCUGGGAUGGAUCUGUUACAUCCGUCCGUGGGAUAUCCUGGUAAGUACCUUGCUGUGGUUUCAGCUACCCCCAGAAAGCAAAGGAGGGAGAGGACCACGUUCACCCGGGCACAGCUUGAUAUCCUUGAAGCACUUUUUGCCAAAACUCGUUAUCCUGACAUCUUUAUGAGAGAGGAGGUGGCUUUAAAGAUUAAUCUACCAGAGUCCCGAGUACAGGUUUGGUUCAAAAAUCGUCGAGCAAAAUGCCGCCAACAGCAGCAACAGCAGCAAAAUGGAGGUCAGAACAAAGUCAGGCCUGCUAAGAAGAAGACCUCUCCAGCCAGGGAGGUCAGCUCAGAGAGCGGUACCAGUGGUCAGUUCACCCCUCCGUGCAGUACCUCUGUGCCAGUGAUCUCCAGCAGUACAGCUCCUGUGUCUAUCUGGAGCCCUGCCUCCAUCUCUCCUCUUUCUGAUCCUCUUUCAACAUCCUCCUCUUGUAUGCAGAGAUCCUAUCCCAUGACCUAUACGCAGGCUUCAGGCUACGGCCAAGGAUAUGCAGGAUCAACAUCUUACUUCGGUGGAAUGGACUGUGGAUCUUAUUUGACCCCUAUGCACCAUCAGCUCCCUGCACCUGGUGCUACACUAAGUCCAAUGGGCACCAAUGCAGUAACCAGCCACCUCAACCAAUCUCCAGCCUCCUUGUCCACUCAAGCCUAUGGGGCCUCAAGCUUGGGCUUCAACUCCACUGCUGAUUGCUUGGAUUACAAAGACCAAACAGCCUCUUGGAAGCUAAACUUCAAUGCUGACUGCUUGGAUUAUAAGGACCAGACCUCAUCUUGGAAGUUCCAGGUUUUGUGAAGCCCAUUUUAGCAAGUGUGGAACUUUUUCUUGGUGACAAUUACAUUUGGACAUUCCAGAUCCUCGCCAGGUCUUUGGCUAAAGAAGACAAAAGACAUUGUUUUUCUUGUCCACGAUUCCCCUUGCUGGCAAGUACUGGAGUGGAUCUCAACAAACUUCUUAUGAAAAAAAAAAUAAAGACACCUAUUUAUGUCUUGAUACAGUUGUGAUCAACAUAGUUGUUAGCAAAGUGUUGGAUAAAAGUUUGAAAUGAAGUCCAUUCUAGCUCAGGCAGUUACUUAAGUCCAGGCUCAGGGGGCUUGUCUACACCCAGAGCGGUGCCCAGUGUUAGCCAACUUUUGGGUCUACCAAUGGAAUGGCCACAUGACUACUAGAUGGCACUGAACAUUUCAGGGCUGAGUGAAUUUGUGCGUUACUGAUUGUCAUAGAUGCACUACUUUAUUUAAAGAAACAAAAUAAUAAUAA